AUGGACUUCGCAAAGCUGAUGUCCGCUCACAUCAAGAAGGGCAAAGAUACAGCCUCGCCUGCCGAGUCAACCGAGAAAAAGUACCUGAAGCGCAGCGAGAUCGAAGCGCAACGGCAAGCUGCAUACGUCGCGGAGCAAGAAGCUGCCGAGAAGGCGCGGCGAGAGCGGCUGGAGAAGAAGCGCAAAGCUGAGGAGGACGAGGCUGAAAGAGAAGCUGAGCGCCGGGAAAAGCGAAUGCGCAUGGCCGAAGAAUCAAGACGUAUAAGAGAAGAAGAGGAAGAGGCAGAGGAAAGGCAGCGGCGAAGGCGACUAGGGCUCCCUGAUCUUCCGCCCAAGAACAAGGAGGGCGAAGGAGAUGGCACACCGGUACCCGAAGAGGAAGACAUCGAAGACGAAGAGCUGGUCGCAAAGCUGAGAGCCCUCGAUGAACCAGCACGACUGUUUGGCGAGACACACAAACAACGUCUCAAGCGAUACAAGAAGCGCGUGGGCGCGGACAGCCUCGCAGCCAUCAUGACUGACGGUCCGAUACCCACAACACUACAACUAGUACCCGAGAAGGACAUGAAGGUCAAUCUCCAGGUACCCAAGGACAAGCAAGGCCGUGAGUUCCUCUUCAGGCAACUAGCGAGCUACUUUACCAUGGUGCUGAAAGAAUGGGAUCUCACGCUCCUACGUCGAGAUGCCGAAGUCAAAGAGAGUUACCAAGGAAAACAAGCCUAUGCUGCUAUGGUGCAAGCACGUGAAAACAUGCGACCCUUGUUCAAGAAGCUAGAAAAGUUCGAUCUUCCAGACAGCAUCGUCGAACCCGUUGUAGAGAUUGUGCACGCUGCACAGGAGCGAAGAUACGUCGACGCGAAUGAUGGAUAUUUACGUCUUAGUAUUGGUAAGGCGGCAUGGCCCAUCGGUGUCACCAUGGAGUCCUACUUCACAUAUCCACCUGAGACAGAGUCGCCUGUCAACCAUGAUGUACUUUUCAGGCCAGGUGUUGCUCCAGAUGGAUCCGAUACUUUCACACCAAGAACGCUCAUAUACGACCUCAAAGGUGCUUUUGGCAGUAUGAGAAAAAUCAAUGCGCUGUACGAGGCCGAGGACGACAGGAGUAUAUUAGACCAGAACGGGGUUUGGCCAUCCAAGCCUAUUGUCCAGCGCGCAGCCGAGACUAUUCCACAGUCCGCCUACCAGGAGCACCUUGAUGCCGGCCUGGAUCCUCCCCCACUCAGUGCAUCGUCUGUCCGGUACUGGUCUGACUACAGCCGUGUCUACUAUCAUCCAAAAUCGAUCGUUCAAUUGUCUGAGUUUGAUGUAAACGACAAGCUCAUGCCUUUUGAGAGUUGGGAUGUAGGCAUGGAACUGUUCGAGAAGCUUGAGAGGGAGGUCGACUUAGUCGAUAGGGAUCUGCGGCCAUUCGUUGAAGAAUGCGAUGGUAUCCAGGGACUGCAAAUCUUCACGGGUGUUGACGACGCUUGGGGAGGCUGGACGUCAGGUUGGCUAGAGAGAUUGAGGGACGAGUACGGAAAGUUGAGUAUCUGGACCUGGGGCUUGGGUGACCACGGCGCCAAUACUACGACUCCUCGGGAAAAACGUUUGCAACAAAUCACGAAUUCAGCACGAUCGCUCCACGUGCUUGGCGAGCAGUCAUCAGUAUAUGUGCCAAUGUCGAAUAGUCCCGCCAAAUUACCAGGUUACUUGUCAGUUGACACCACGUCGCCCUGGCACAUUGCAGCUUUGCAAGUCGUCGGUCUGGAGAGCAUGACCAUAUCUUCACGAUUGAGAGCAUCUUUGGGCGGACGAGGCACGCUCCAGGAUCUGGAAAACACCAUCAACAGUACAGGAAAACGACGCAUAGCAAAACUCGAGAUGAGUUUGGCAGAUCCAGACGUUUUGUCAGCUAAAGCUUUGGACGAAGUCGAACAAGCAGAAAAAGUCGGUUCCAUGACGUCGAGGCAGACUAGUGAAAGUGACGAUCGACUAAGUAAUUUUGAUAUUGAUACCUUCAGUCGCGAAUAUAGGACGGUUACCAAGAAAGGAAAGAAAGAACACGUUUUUGGACGGGCAGAGGCUUCUCGUGGGGAGUGGGUUCUGUCUCAAGAUAACGAACGUGAUCCUCAUGACAGGUUCGACAGUGGACCAGCAUUGCAGAGGUUUGCCGCACCACUACUAUUUCCUCUACUUGACAGCUUUCCUCGGUCGAUACUGGACGUAGGGUCCGAUCACUCCACUAAGCUCGCCGUGCACACUGGACUCACGACAAGUACCGCUGUUGCUGAUCAGAUCCGAGCAGUGGAGCAAAUCGUCAAGCGGAUGACGGGCAUCGAAGAAAAAGAAACACUCUGUAACGGCUUACAAGUUCUUGCAGAGGAGUACGAUGAAGGCUGGGAUAGCGGUACAGAAAGCGAUGAUGACGAUUAG